GCUAGUAGCGUCCCCUCCAGCAUCUGCCGCGGCUGCGUUUGUCUGAAGCACGUAGACGGACCGACGGAGAGAUCGCCUGGCGGACGGACGCGGGCGCUCGCCUGGUGCUCGGGGUCAGCUUCGACGAGGCUCCGGGCUUGCAGCGCGCGGCGUCCCUGCCCGCUCGCGGCCACCCCGGCUUCGGCGGCCUCGGCGUGCCAGGGGCUGGAGCCGCUCUCCGCCGGUUGGACCCCGCGUGGAUCAGCUCGGGCCGCCGCGCCGCGGCCCCGAGCGGCGUCUCCGAGCCCCAGCUCCCUGCCGGGCUGCUUGAGCACCGGUGCUCCGGGGCUCCAAACUCGGGCUGCCGGGGCAAGUGCCUUCAUGAACCCAGAGGAUGUCCGGGAAGCACUACAAGGGUCCUGAAGUCAGUUGUUGCAUCAAAUAUUUCAUAUUUGGCUUCAAUGUCAUAUUUUGGUUUUUGGGAAUAGCAUUUCUUGGAAUUGGACUGUGGGCGUGGAAUGAAAAAGGAGUUCUGUCCAACAUCUCUUCCAUUACUGAUCUCGGCGGCUUCGACCCGGUCUGGCUCUUCCUUGUGGUGGGAGGAGUGAUGUUCAUUUUGGGCUUUGCAGGGUGCAUUGGAGCUCUACGGGAAAACACUUUCCUUCUCAAAUUUUUUUCUGUGUUCCUGGGAAUUAUAUUCUUCCUGGAGCUCACUGCCGGGGUUCUGGCAUUUGUUUUCAAAGACUGGAUCAAAGACCAGCUGUAUUUCUUUAUAAACAACAACAUCAGAGCGUACAGGGAUGACAUUGAUUUGCAAAACCUCAUAGACUUCACCCAGGAAUAUUGGCAGUGCUGUGGGGCUUUUGGAGCUGAUGAUUGGAACCUAAAUAUUUACUUCAAUUGCACAGAUUCCAAUGCAAGUCGGGAGCGAUGCGGCGUGCCCUUCUCCUGCUGUACUAAGGAUCCCGCGGAAGAUGUCAUCAACACUCAGUGUGGCUAUGAUGCCAGGCAGAAACCAGAAGUCGAUCAGCAGAUUGUAAUCUACACGAAGGGCUGCGUGCCCCAGUUUGAGAAGUGGUUGCAGGACAAUUUAACCAUCGUGGCUGGGAUAUUCAUAGGCAUUGCAUUGCUACAGAUUUUCGGGAUAUGCCUGGCCCAGAAUUUGGUGAGCGACAUUGAAGCGGUCAGGGCCAGCUGGUAGAGCGGAGGCCCUGCAACAGCUGCUGUCAGACACUGGACGCCCCAGCCUUCCUGACCCUCCAGCGUGCCCAGCCGAAUCCACGCUGCAUGGACCCCUGUCACAGAGGCAUCCUGCCAUCCCACCUGAUGGAGCUGCCAAGAACUUGUUUUGGGGGGUAAAACUGGGAAAUGCUGCUCACUGACAGAAUUAAACAAAACAAAACAAAA